AUGAUGGGAUUAGCUGAUAGCAGUGAUAAGGGUCGAUCUUACGCAGAAGAAAUUUGGAACAAUUUGCCGUUAGAUGCCUUAAGCGAAAUAUUUUUGCGAAUUAAUUGUUUAAAAACCGUUGCGUGCAGUUGUCCAUUGAAAAAACGGUUUUUGCAGGUAUGUCGAAUUAUUUUGCAGGUAUGUCGAAAAUGGUGUACCAUUCUUUCUUCAAAUGUGUUUUGGAUACAAUAUGGUCAGAGAUAUUUAAUCGCCGUUCCUCCACCAAAACUAAGAAACGAACCUUGUCUCAAUAUGAAAGAAAUCUGUUGUUUUGAGCCAUUUGAGCGAAAUUUAUUGUUAAACGAUAGCGGUCAAAAUGAUUUUGAUCACUGGGUUAUUGUUUCCAAUUAUGGUGAUGGAUUUGUGAUAGAAAAACCUCCGAUAUGUUGUUUAAACGAUGAUAAUGGCGAUCAGAUUGAAACAGCUUUUGUUACUAGUUAUGGUUGGUGUCGCAUGUUCCAAUGUGUUGAUUUGUGGAAAAAAGGAAUCAAGCCAGAAUUUCUCGAUAAGUUUCGUCCACCAAUUACAGUUUCUGAAAUUUUCAAUUGUCGACGAGAUUGUGCUGCAAUAUAUGCAUUACAAGUUCAUCUAAAGAAAUGUUUUGGAAAAACUCAAAAUUGGGAAGAUUAUAAGCGAUCGCCUUCUUUUUUAAAUUUGCCAAAUCCGAUUGCUGACAAAACUACCAAUAUGUAUAUUUCUCGUGUUCGUCGAAUGGAUCAGUGGUCAGAAGCUAAAUGGCAGAAAAUUGAGCAUACAUUCGAAGACUAUCCAAAAGGUAUUCGUUAUGUUAUAUUCGAUCAUUGGGGAAAGGAUGAACAAUUCUGGGCAGGAAAUUAUGGAGCGAAAAUGGCCAGAGCUACCGUUAUUGUUCAUUUUGGUGAUGGAAUACCAAAAUCUGAUUAA